AGAUUAAGAAGUAUUUUGAGCUGGAACCUCUAGCGCGAGGGAAGAGCUGGGUGUUGGAGGGCAGCACGGUGGACAACAUGGACACUGUGAAAGACAGCUUUCAGCAGCUCAUCUUCCUCCUAGAAGACAAGGACCAGGAAACAGGCAGGAUAUGAGCCCUCCAAAAACCUACAAAUCCCAGAAGCCAUCACACAUGUAUACUAAAUACAUAACUACAGAUCUCCAAGGAAUCCAUAGGCCAAGCAGGAAAUAUUCUCUUUGGACCACCAUGUAAAGUAUGGAAAUGAUGAGGAGGCUGAAACACAUGAACUGUGAAAAAUAGACUUUGUAUCCAUAGAAUACCAACUUUAGAUGAGUAUAUGGACACAUAUCCACACAAGAAGACAGUAUCACAUUUGUGACCAAUGUGUUUUCUCCUCGUCUGAAGUUGUAUUGCCUAACUACAGUUAACAUUGAACACUUGAUUGCCAUUUCUAUCAUGGAAUAUGGUUGUACGCAUCCUCUCUUAAGACAGGUAGUUGCACAUUGCUACUGACUAGUUAAUGUUAACGCAUUGCUCGGUAUGUAGAACAACUGGAAAUCAUGUAAUGUUAUUCCCCCAAUGUUAGUAGGUCCCUAUGACACAGUGUGGGUGAGAUGCUGGUUUGUACUAAAAAAAGCCUUAAAGUUUGUACAGAUUUAAAUGUGUAGAUGUGUCCCGCCUUCUAACCUGACUGAUAGUAACUGUUUAACUUCAUGUAGUAUCACUCCACGUGAGCCCACAGAUCACGUAAAGCCAAAAAAAAAAAAGUUUGAUUCUCAUUCAUUCUCACAAAGGUAAAAUGGCAGGUUUAAAAAAAAAAAAAAACAAGCUGCUGUUUAGUUUUAAUAUGAUCGAAUCACAGUAAUUGUUUUAUCACUUGAUUUCAGCUCAUGGCUUUGCUUUCUUUUAUGUUCUUUUUCUUUGAAUAAAUUCUCAGGAUUUUCAUAUGAGCCCCUUAUUCUUUGAAAUCCUCAGAGAUCUUGUGCAUUUCAUAUCUGUUGCCAUAUCACCAUGCCACUUGACAAAACAACGGUUCGCCUUGCAUUCACACUGUUACUACGCCAAAGCAAGCAAUCUUUUUGCAUAUUGUGUAGUUUCGCUUGCGGAAGCAAUCAGUUUGCUGUAAUCUCUUACGUUUGCACAAUCACUAAUUAAAACCACAAGCUGUGUAUUCCAUUAGAACCAACAGGACGUAGUCAUUGCUAUACAGUAUUUGUCAACAUAGGGUAUAUUUACUCUAUAUAUUGGGCAUUGCCAUCACCUCUGAAUGUAAAAAUAUUCUCUAAAUGUCAGUUCACCAAAAAGUCUGUUGUGCCUGUUGUUUUUUCCGAUCUUUCCUUAUCUCUCUCUUUGCCCAUAGCAUCUGUACUCAAUGAGUGUCCAAAUGAAACAUGUGCCACAGAUCAAAAGGGGUUCCAUACAACACUAGUACCAGGACUGGAGGUCUUUUUAGAGCCACACUGGGUUCAUUUUACGUGUAUUUAUAUCUAUCAAACAUUUUAUACCCUCCUAGCCAAUUCAGCUGCCUUUUUGUAAUAAUAAAAAAAAAUGUUUGUACAUUUGUUACAGAUAGUCUUGUUGACCGAAAGGGCACGUGCCUGCCUUUGUACUGGAAGAACAGUCUGUGUUGUGUGGUUUGUCAGAUGUUGACGUUAAGUCGUUCACACAUUCAACUGUAUAUAUACUGUAUAUAAUUUAUGCUUAAUUUCCACUUGGCAACAUGGACAAUAAAGGCUGGACAAGCA